UCCAGGGCUCCAGUGGGGGCUGCAAACUAAGCAAGAUGAGGCGGUUCCUGAGACCUGGCCACGACCUUGCCCGGGAGAGGCUCAAGCGGGACCUGUUCCAGUUUAACAAGACGGUGGAGCAUGGCUUCCCUCACCAGCCCAGCGCCCUCGGCUACAGCCCGUCCCUGCGGAUCCUGGCCAUCGGCACCCGCUCUGGAGCUGUCAAGCUCUAUGGAGCGCCGGGGGUGGAGUUCAUGGGGCUGCACCGGGAGAACAACGCGGUGAUGCAGAUCCACUUCCUGCCUGGCCAGUGCCAGCUGGUCACCCUGCUGGACGACAACAGCCUGCACCUAUGGAGCCUGAAGAUCAAGGGCAAGGUGUCGGAGCUGCAGGAAGAUGCGCGCUUCAUGCUGCGUGGCUCCCCAGGGGCCGCCCCCAGUGCCACGCAGAUCACUUUGGUCCUGCCACAUUCUUCCCGAGAGCUGCUUUACCUGGGCACUGAGAGUGGCAACGUGUUUGUGGUGCAACUGCCAGCCUUCCACACUCUGGAGGACCAGACCAUCAGCUCAGACGCCGUGCUGCAGUGGCUGCCAGAGGAGGCCCGCCACCGGCGGGUCUUUGAGAUGGUGGAGGCACUGCAGGAACACCCACGAGACCCCAACCAGAUCCUGAUUGGCUACAGCCGAGGCCUUGUCGUCCUCUGGGACCUGCAGGGCAGCCGUGUGCUCUACCACUUCCUCAGUAGCCAGCAACUGGAGAAUGUCUGCUGGCAGCGGGAUGGCCGCCUGCUUGUCAGCUGCCACUCCGAUGGCAGCUACUGCCAGUGGCCAGUGGCCAGUGACGCCCAGCAGCCAGAGCCCCUCCGUAGCUUCGUGCCUUAUGGUCCCUUUCCUUGCAAAGCUAUUACCAAAAUCUUCUGGCUGACCACCAAGCAAGGGUUGCCCUUCACCAUCUUCCAGGGUGGCAUGCCACGGGCCAGCUACGGGGACCGUCACUGUAUCUCAGUGGUCCAUGAUGGCCAACAGACGGCCUUCGACGUCACCUCCCGCGUCAUCGACUUCACUGUCCUCACUGAGGCAGACCCUGCGGCCGCCUUUGACGAUCCCUACGCCCUGGUGGUGCUGGCCGAGGAGGAGCUGGUGGUGAUCGACCUGCAGACAGCAGGCUGCCCUGGCCGGCAUCCCUCUCAUGGCGGGCAGGCGGGCUCUGCUCACAGGCACGAGGACGGCACGGUGCGGUUCUGGGACGCCUCGGGCGUCUGCUUGCGGCUGCUCUACAAACUCAGCACGGUGCGCGUGUUCCUCACCGACACGGACCCCAACGAGAACCUCAACGCCCAGGGCGAGGAGGAGUGGCCCCCUCUCCGCAAGGUGGGCUCCUUCGACCCCUACAGUGACGACCCCCGGCUGGGCAUCCAGAAGAUCUUCCUCUGCAAAUACAGCGGCUACCUGGCUGUGGCAGGCACCGCAGGGCAGGUGCUGGUGCUAGAGCUAAACGACGAGGCAGCUGAGCAGGCGGUGGAGGCCGUGGAGGCCGACCUGCUGCAGGACCAGGAGGGCUACCGCUGGAAGGGGCACGAGCGCCUGGAGGCCCGCUCAGGGCCCGUGCGCUUCGAGCCCGGCUUCCAGCCCUUCGUGUUGGUGCAGUGCCAGCCCCCAGCCGUGGUCACCUCCUUGGCCCUGCACUCUGAGUGGCGGCUCGUGGCCUUCGGCACCAGCCACGGCUUUGGUCUCUUUGACCACCAGCAGCGACGGCUGGUCUUUGUCAAGUGCACGCUGCACCCCAGUGACCAGCUGGCUCUGGAGGGCCCCCUGUCCCGCGUAAAGUCCCUGAAAAAGUCCCUGCGCCAGUCGUUCCGCCGGAUGCGCCGCAGCAGGGUGUCCAGCCGGAAGCGGCGGCCCGCUGGCCCUGCAGGAGAGGGGCAGGAGGCGUGCGCCAAGGCAGAGCGGGCGGCCCUGCAGAACAUGGAGCUGGCACCCGUGCAGCGCAGGAUUGAGGCCCGCUCGGCAGAGGACUCCUUCACGGGCUUCGUCCGGACUCUCUACUUCGCUGACACCUACCUGAGGGACAGCUCCCGCCACUGCCCCUCACUGUGGGCUGGCACCAACGGGGGCACUGUCUACGCCUUCUCCUUGCGUGUGCCCCCCGCCGAGCGGAGAAUGGAUGAGCCCGUGUGGGCAGAGCAGGCCAAGGAGAUCCAGCUGAUGCACCGAGCGCCUGUGGUGGGCAUCCUCGUACUGGAUGGACACAGUGUGCCCCUUCCCGAGCCCCUGGAGGUGGCUCAUGACCUGUCAAAGAGCCCAGACAUGCAGGGAAGCCACCAGCUGCUUGUCGUGUCGGAGGAGCAGUUCAAGGUGUUCACACUGCCCAAGGUGAGUGCCAAGCUGAAGCUGAAGCUGACGGCCCUGGAGGGCUCACGGGUACGGCGGGUCGGCGUGGCCCACUUUGGCAGCUGUCGAGCUGAGGACUACUGGGAGCACCACCUGGCAGUCCUCACCAACCUGGGCGACAUCCAGGUGGUCUCGCUGCCCCUGCUCAAGCCCCAGGUGCGCUACGGCUGCAUCCGCCGGGAGGACGUCAGUGGCAUUGCCUCCUGCGUCUUCACCAAAUACGGCCAAGGUUUCUACCUGAUCUCACCAUCGGAGUUCGAGCGCUUCUCUCUCUCCACCAAGUGGCUGAUUGAACCCCGGUGUCUGGUGGAUUCAGCGGAAAACAAGAACCACCGCUGCCCUGGCAACGGGAAAGCCUCGGGCCGAGCCAGGAUCUCAGGGAGCCAGAGUGAUGGAGAAGAGAGGAAGCCCGGCACAGUGAUGGAACACGCGCUGCUCAACGACGAGCGAGUCCUGAAGGAAGUCCAGAGCACGCUGGAGGGAGACCGAGGGAGCUACAGCAGCUGGCGUUCCCAUCGAGCGGCCGUGGGGUACAGCCUCAGCAAUGGCGGAGCGGCAGAGUGAGCGGGGCGAGCGUCCAGACGGCGCGAUGAGCACACAC